AUGGCAGGCCGUCACCGCAGGGCGAAGCGCCCCAGCCCAGUGGACUCAAGCUCCGUCGGAUACGGGACUCAAGAAGUUGACUCUUGGUCGCAACCUUUACAGAAUGCUGGCAACGACGACCGUACUUCGUAUCCCAACGCAUGGAUAAACGACGUUCAAAGGCCGAACGAAACACCCUCCACGCAUUGGGAAUGGGAUAGAGAGAGGACAGAACGGCCUCUCUACCUAUCUGUGUCUGGGGAGCAAUAUGCAACGAAUGCUCAACCAGGUGGAUAUCGACCUGUAAUGCAACAAGCCAUGCACUCACACUAUGCCGAAAAGAUUAUCGACAGUGGAUUGCUGCCGGAUACUCGCACACAGCAUAGGGUUGGUACCUCAAACACGGUCGAGGCCCAGCGCCACUGGAAUGGGCAGAAUGACACUCAAGACGGGGAGAGCUCUUUCGAAUCCACACGAAACGACACAUCUCGUCUUGAACCUUGGCCACACAGCCAGCACGCGAUUGGAAACCCCUUACAAGGCCACGAGCGUGAUCCCAACUUCUCCUCGUCUCCGGGCUUCACCACAGGACACCGACCCAUGCAUGAUGCAGACCGUUCUCACGAGCUUUUGGGUAUGUCGCCAAUGCUUACAACUCAAGAUUUCGGAUGUCUUGGCAAUGGAGGCAUUGAAUUUCCCUUGAAUGGGAUUGAUGGGACACAGACUGGCGCCAACCCAGAGCCUUGGUCUUUCUACCAGCCGCCCGACAUGUCUCAUCUUCCUCAACAAGAUGACAGAAACCAGAAUUCAUAUCUUGGUAGCAUCUCAGAUGCCACGCUGUCGAGCUUCAGAUCUGAUAACCUAGAGUCAGGUCGUCAGGCGCCUAACGGCCCCCAAUCGUACAUCACGUCCUAUGAUACGCUUAACGACGGCAUGAGUGAGAAUAUACCCGCUCAGCAUCCUGGGCCUUUGUAUCCCCGUAUUCCCCGAGAAGGAGUGCCAAAUCGAGGCCCGCGAAAUCCGUUGUUCACUAGCCCAAUUUUUGUUUUCCGGCCAGCGACACCGCCGAUUGCUCCAUCCAGAGGUGCCUUGUAUCGGAGUGUAUCAGAUACCGAGUCAAGCAUCCCCGGUCAUGGUCUAUUGUCGCCGAGGCCGGAAAGCAUGACAUCGGACACGCAUUCUUGUGUGUCGGAUACCUCUUCGUCCGCCGCAUCAUCCGAGAUUUAUUGUGACGUUGAUGACUGCUGCACAGCCUUCAGCGGCGUGCACCGGAAAGGCAACUUGGCUCGGCACAAGAGACUCAAACACAGUGGUAGAGUGUAUGUCUGUGAGAACGCCUCGUGUGAGAGAGUGUUCAACAGACAGGACGCCAGAUUGAAGCACUACCGAAAAUAUCAUCAACAACUUGCCAGGCCAUACAUUGCGCGACCUCAGACGAGACACGCAAACCGUGAGCAGUAUUCCGACUUCAUGAGUAACGCUUCCGGUUGA